UAUAUCAUCAGAUCAGUCAGCCAACACCUCCCCUCCAACUCCCUCCUACUCUCUCAUCUCUUACACUGCCUCCUCAACCCCGAGCCCAUCGCCAUGGAGGCCCUCGCUACUCCGACCCCCUUCGACACUGUCGGCGACAAAGCCUCUGCCAACCUACUCGUGAGUGUUCCUUCAAACUUAAUCUAGUCGCCGCCACUCCUCCCCUUGAUCGCCGCCCCUCCCCACCCUUGCCUCAUGCCACAUGCUGACUAUAACCAGGCGCAGAACAUGGCUACAUGGUAUCUCUACCAGCAACCCAGCCUUUUGCCCAACAUGAACAACAUGAACAACCAGGACUGGAUGCUCGGCCUCGGUGGCGGAAGCGGCAGCAGCAACAACAGCGUUAGCAGCACCACCACAAACCAAUGCACCGCCACGGCACCGACCGCCGGAACCGACCUCUUCCCAACCUGGCCUCCCGCACAGCCCGCACAGAACCAGUACUGGAUGAACAUGAACAUGUACGGCGGCUCCAUCGCACCCUCACUCCUCGGUGCACACGGAAGCUUGUCCGGCACCCCCAACACCACUCCGAGCCUCGACAUGGUCGACAAGCUGGUCGCCUCGCCUUCCCCUCUCGGCGGAUCGCCUCCGCACAGUGCAGCCGACUCGGACGCCGAGGGCGAAGUGGACCCCGAUGCGGAUACGCGGUCCAACCACUCGCACCACUCGCAUGACAGCCACGAGCAUGAAGAGGGCGUCGAGCGUGACGGCAUGAUCUGGGGCAUGAAGGUAGACGAGUACCGCUCGCUCUCGGCCCGCGAGCGCAAGCGCGUCCGCAACCGCAUCUCUGCGCGCACAUUCCGCGCCAAGCGCAAAGAGCAUCUUAGCUCGCUCGAGUCCACGCUCGGCGCCAAGGAUCUCGAGAUCAAGAUUGCGCACGAUGAGAUGCUCCGCCUGCGCCGCCAGGUCACCGAGCUCCAGCGCCGCCUCGCAAAGUACGAGCCUGCGUACUGAAGCGAUAGACUCGAUACCCCCUCGCUACCGUCUCUCGACUCAGUCGUCGCGCUGUGCGCGCUCACCUCGGUCUCGAUCCCGUCCACAUCCACAAUGUCCGCCUCUCCCCGCCCCUAGUACUCGGCGCCAAGCCCGGGCGCCGCGCACCGGCCGCCACCUCGGCGACUUUUACGCAGCAACAUUGUUAAUCGCCCAGCCGCCCAGCCCACUUGUAUCUUGGCAGCCAG